AUGGGUGGCUUGCACAAAUCUCAAAACCAAGCAAAGAAGCUGACAAAUAAAAUGAUAAGUUUGAUAGACAAGAGAAGAAAAAUGAAAGUAGAAACACUCGCAGAUAAGAUAGAAUAUACAGAACUGUGUGAGACUAUGAGAAAGACCAUGAAAGAUGACGUUAAGAAGUUUGAAGAAGAUAUGCUAAAAGCCAGUCUUGAAAAUAAAUGUAGUUUAAAAAUAGCCAAGAGGGAGGCUAUGAUUGGAGAUAAUCAGCUAAUAGUGUUGGACACAGGUAAGAAAGAGACACUCGUACAUAUUGAGAAUAUUUAUAGUAAACUGUACAGUAAAAUCAGUGAUGAUAUUUUAAUCCUAGACAAAAUGGAUGCCUCUGUUUUCCAUAUCCCAGAAAUACUCCUCUCAGAUAUCAAACACGCCAUAGACAAAAUGACAAAACGAACUGCUCCAGGUAGUGAUGACUUUUCAGUCUAUAUUUUCAAGCUCAUGGAUGACAAAUCUAUAAGGCAUUUGGCUAAACUGUUAUCAGAUGGCUUGCAGAGUGAAAAACUACUAAGAGACUGGAAUAAAGUCAAAACAAUCCUAAUAAUUAAGAGAUUGAGCACUAAACGUGACCUGCCCAACCGCUGA